UUGUCAAAUAUCAUGUGGCCAAUGGUCGCCGCUAAUUGUUUAUAGUUUUCGUUAGCGUUAUUCUAAAAAACUCCUAUCACUAUUUCAGUUUCUUUCAUAUAGAUAUCAUUUAUAAAUAUACCUAUAUAGUUAACUAGAGCAAUAACUGCAUAUUCUAUUGCAGAAUGUUUUUGGGCAAUAGUAAUGGAAGCUAAGAUACAAAACCAAAUUAUUGACUUCUUCUCGUUUUUAGAAGAUUUUUACGACACAUCCAAAACGUGUUUGAAAAGUUGCCAAAGCAACGCUGUUUCCAUAAAUAAAAUAAUUCGUCGCUGCACCAAUAUUAAAGAAGCACAACUUAAAGAUACACCUUUGGAAGAAUUUGUGGGACUUCAAAAGAAACUGCUAUCAACGCUUCAUAAUUUUAUUAAUAUUGAAAUUCUAGAAAUUCAAAACCAAUAUUCAAUAUUAGAAGAAAAUUUUGAUAAACUCUGCCACAAAAACAAAAUUCUACAUGAAAGUUGCAGGACUAUUGACUUCAAUCAAACAACACCUUUAGUGCGAGGAACACCACUUCAACCUUCUCUAAAACAAAUAUUGCUGUUUUCAACAGAAUCAGUUACAUUUGGCGGUCAAGUCACUGCUCAAGUAGAGACAUCUUUGUCGGUUCUAUCAUUUAAACAAUUAGAAACAGCACAUUUUGUGGAUAACUUUAAAUUCCCAACCCCCUGGAAUAAAAGAAUUCCUGAAAUACUUGCUUACACUUCUUUCUGUCAAGAUAACGUCAUUUCAUAAUGGAUUUAUUAGGAUCUAUCUUAAAUUCUAUGCAAAAGCCACCAACUGCGAGUGAGGCCCAAAAAACUGCUAUGCGAAACCACAAAGAAGCAUGUGAAAGAAAACACAAAGAAGAAAAAGUAAUGAUUAAUAAAUUUAGACAGCGGGUAGAAGACAAGAUCAGUAACUUCAUUAAAGAUGGUACAAAACCACACUUACAAUUUGAUCCAAUGGAUCAAAUGUACAGAUCAAUGAUACGAGAUGUUGCUGAAACGGCGGGUGUUCAAGUUAUUUCUUUUGGUCAAGAGGGAAUUGACCGAUAUUCAGUUAUUUAUCUAAAAGACAAGGGCCCAUCUGAGGAUGAACUUACGGUGAGGAGAAAUGGAGGUGUUUGGGAUGAGGAAAAAGCUUUGGAAAUGGCAAAAAAACGAGAAUACGAUAAACUUGCUCAGCAAGAAGACGUAGUAGAAAGGGGAAAGAAGCGUAAAAACAAUGACGAAUUGAGUGGAACAUUCUAUAAACAGAAAUAUGCUCAUCUUAUUGGCCAGGAGGCAGCUCUCGACGCGGCUCAGAAGACGAAUGUCAAUAAGAGUUACGGCGAAGUCCCGAGUGAAAAUAAGAAGGAUCAAAGGUCCAUUGAACAGACUAUGGCAGAUAUCAAAGCGAAGAAAAUGAAAAAAAUCGAAACUGACAAACUGUUAGAGGUUACCGAGAACAUUUAGUUAAUUGUUAGAGUAAUUAUUAAAAUUGCUAAUAGUUUUAAAACACCAAUCGUAAACUUUUGACUGAGGUAAACCUACAAAUUUGUGUUCUUAAAAGCAAUAUAGUAUAGUAGGUUAAUUUAUGCAUAUAACUUUAUUUGUUUAUUCUUAUAAAACGAGUACCAAUUAUUUCUUUAAUAUAUACAAAUACGUCGACAACCUUCAAGCGAUUGUAACAUUUUAGUAAGAUUAUGAAAAUCUCCAUAAAAAAGUUAUUAUUUGAGCAAUUCGGAAUUUUUACUACUUUGUGUUUAUGAUAACCAGGUAUAUGUAUAAGCGUACAAGUAAAUUAGGUUUUGUUUAAUGAAAAACCCGCCGAAUUACUAAACUACUUCGUCUCUUUCUGUCAAAUUAAUUCUAUGCUGUGAUGAAAAGAGACAGUUGAGUACUUUAGUUAUAACGGUGCAAUUUCAGUGGUGAGAUAUAACAUAAUUAUUUGGGAUUAGGGACAGUUAUCAUAAAAAAACGAUCAUCACUUUCCAUUGAAAACUUGAUUAGCUAUUCUGAUUUUUUUUUAAUUUUAUGUUCAUUCAAAUAAUCCGUGAUUUUUCGCGUGGUUUAUGUCUUAUAAUGUAUGAAAUAGCUAGAAAAUGAAAUGUUUUAUUGCACUGUAAUUUUAGAUAGGUAUUUGUAAUAGUUAUUUUUGUACCUGACAGUACUUGUAAUAGUUAUGACUGGAUUAAAAAUAAAAUAUUA